CAGUGAGGAGGACGCUUCCUGAUGCUGGCCAGGACCCGGCUAGGCUAGCUAACAUAUUUUAUUUUCACGGUUCGGGAGGAAAGCUGUGAAACACAGCGAGGUCUAGUCGUCUGAUUCAGUGGUGUCAGCAGAGCAGGUCGAACAGUACAAUGAACGGCCAGCUGGACCUGAGCGGGAAGCUGAUCAUCAAAGCACAGUUGGGUGACGACAUCAGACGUAUCCCUAUCCACAAUGAAGACAUCACUUAUGAUGAGCUGGUGCUGAUGAUGCAGCGCGUCUUCAGGGGCAAACUGCAGAGUAAUGAUGAAGUUGCGAUCAAGUACAAAGAUGAGGAUGACGACCUCAUCACCAUCUUCGACAGCUCUGACCUCUCCUUUGCAAUCCAGUGUAGUAGAAUACUCAAACUCACUUUGUUUGUGAAUGGUCAGCCGCGGCCUUUGGAGUCCAGCCAGGUAAAGCACCUGCGCAGGGAGCUUAUCGAGCUCAGGAAUAAAGUCAACAACCUCCUGGAUAGUCUGGAGCCCCCCACAGACCCUGGCCUGGCUGCCGCAGCAUCGGACAGUGAAUCAGUGGACGGACGUGAAAGCAAAAUUAUGGCAGGAGACCAAACAGUUAAACAGGCCACUCCGGUCAGUGCGGCCAGCAUGUCAGCCUUCGACCCUUUAAAGAACCAGGACGAGGUCAGCAAGAAUGUCAUCUCUGCUUUUGGCCUUAGUGAGGACCAGGCCCAAGUAGCUCCACCAUCAAUUGCAGCAGAUGAGCGCUCAGGAACCCCUGACAGCAUCGCCUCCUCCUCAUCUGCGGCCCCUCCACCAGGAGUACCGCCCCAACCACAGGCUCCCUAUCCUGGAGUUCAGCAGGGACCCCCAGCUGGCAUGGAUGGUCAGGUGUAUCAACAGUACCAGGCUGCAGGAGGAUACCAGCAACCCGGUGCCCCACCACAGCAGCAGUAUGGUAUGCAGUACCCUGCAGGAUAUAGCCCUCAGCCCGGAGCCCCUCAGCCUGGCCCACCACAGCAGCAGCAGCAGCCGCAGCAGCAGCAACAGCCCCAGCAGCCGCAGCAGCCGCAGCAGUUUCAGAACUACGCCCCUCCCUCCUCCCAGGCUACCGCCCCUGGGCCAGCCCCAGCCCCGGGCUUCCAAGGUGGCCAGCAGCAGCCCCAUCCAUCUCAGGGAGGCCAGCAGUAUCCACCAGGAGCCUUCCCUCCCCAAAACUAUACCUCCCAGGCCUCCCAGCCUGCUAACUACAGCCUGCCGCCCGGCUCCCAGCCUAGCCCCGGGUACCAGCCCCCCCGCCAGGCAUACACCGCACCUCCCGGCACCACUGUCACCCCUCCACCAGGAGCUGGUAACCCGUAUGCCCGCAACCGCCCCACUUACGGCCAGGGCUACACUCAGCCAGGCCCUGGGUACCGGUAAAAAGAGGACAGCUGAUGUUACUGAUCCUCACACAUGCCCCAAACCCCCUACCCUCUGUGUGGCUCCAGCUGUUC